UUAACCGUCGGUGUGAGCAGCAGCAACAGCAGUAAUAACCGGGAAAUUAAGUCCGUGUCAAACCUAAGUGAAUUACGCGAGUGUUAUAGUUUUUCCAUUUGACAACCCUUUUUAUAUUGAGGCUGUGUACGUAGUGUAAGCGGUACCGUCAACAUCAUAUAUUUUUCAAGAGCUGCUACGGUAGUGAUCUCGGCCGCACGUGCACGUGGUACUCAGUGAUCAGUGUUAAAAAAUAGACUCAAAAUUUUCAAAUCAAAAUGUCAUCAAACAGGACAACUGAAUCAAAUGAAUUACACUUGCUCUCAAAUGAAUUAAAAACUCGUUUGAAGAGCAUAAAAGACAUAGACGCCAAGCGAAAAGAAUAUUGCCGGCUAUUAGAAGAGUGGGAUUGGAAAUAUGGCGUGAGAGGUACCGAAAUUUUACUGAAGUUGAUGAACUGUAAAAGCCUGUUUCCGAGCGUCGAGGAUAGGCUUUUUUUUCUAAAAGUCGCUGUAACUGGCAGAUUGUGGGGCUGGGUGAAAUACUUGGAGGAGAGCGGGUUGAAAAUACACGAGUUUAUGUUUGAGGAUGGAAAGUCUGCUCUGCAUUAUUUAGCGGGAGUUUACGAGUCGCUUGAGUCCAUUGACUACAAAACGGAUACCACUAGAAUCAUCACAUAUUUCUUUGAGAAUAAUCUACAAAUUUAUUGCGACAAUCACGGCUACACGUACUUGCACGGAGCUUGCCUGGCAGGCAACGAAGAAGCAGUCAAUGCACUGCUGAGUGAAGAAGGCGUGGACGUCAACAUCGACACUUAUACGCGUUCACUGUUGUACAUCGCCUGCCAACAUCGGCGGGAAAAUUGUGUAAAAAUACUAUUGGAACAUGGAGCGAAUCCUAACAAAGGUGAUCGUGAGCAGCGAUCGACACCUUUGCACGCGUUGGCGCUGCCGUGUCUGUGCGAUUGCGUUGCCUUUUCCGAUUACUCUUUUAAUUUCUGCGAUUAUAAACGACCGGUUGAUGAGAUCGUGAAGUUGCUCAUCGAUAAAGGAGCGCAGAUCGAGGCACGUGAUCUUCACGGGGACACUCCGUUGCAAUCAGCGGUGUCGCGUUUUGACGUGGAAUUGACGAGGGCACUUUUGAAGUACGGUGCGAGCUUCAGCAACUUGAACGAGGAUAGAAUGUUCAGUGCCAACUUCACAUCGAUCGAAAUGAAGUGCUAUCCUUUGACAUUUAACAUGAUCCAGAUGAUGCAAUUGUUGCAGUCAGCUGGUUACAAAAUGGAUUUUCUCACUAGACUCAAAAUGAUGAAGUGCUGGACAAGAAUUCGAGGAAACGAGAUUGACUACAUAAUAGGCGAUGAGAUGAGAGAUGAAAAAGAUGAACAGGAUUCAUCACUCUUCAUGCAUAUUGUGGAUCUUCAAUUUAUUCUCAAUGAAUUUGGCUUUUAUAUGGAAAAAAAAGUUAUAGAUUACUUAAACCAAUGUCGCGAGAAAUUGAAAUCAAGAUCAUCAUCUUGCCGUAUUGGUUAUCAGCCUCACGAAUUGGUCAUUCUAUAUUGGAGAGAAAGUUUUGAGCAAAUGAAAAACAUAAAGAUAACCGAGGAAGUCUCUCUCUAUCAAUUUUUCCAAAUGAGCUCUAGCGAGGGCUACUCGGUACUGAAAAAUUUAAAAGAUUGGCGUAUCCCACCAAUAGAUUUACCGCAACAUAGUGACCCUAUAUACACUUGUUCCGUUAAUUUGAUGCACAUUAUUGUAAAAAGAAACAUGGCCAAUAUUUUAAUAAGGCCAUGGCUCGACUUGGAAUUGCUCGCAGCCGAUCUCUUUAUGACUGACUAUUGCAGCUUGAAUCUGCCGCAAAACGUUUGUCUCGAAGUUGCUCAAAAUUUGAGCGACGAGGACCUAUUUCGUUUGUUCGAGCAGAUAAACAUUGAUGCUGUUAUAGACCAACAAAGCGAGUACGAUAACAGUAGGAUCAGAUUCGUCAGACUUACAUUGUAGCACACAUCGAUAUCUGGAGAAAACGCGUUGCAAUACAGUGAGAAUAAAGUCUAAGCGCUCAUAUGUACCUGUAAAUAAUUUCAAUUAGUGAUUCUAUUGUGGUGUAAUAGUGGUUCUAUUUUCAGUAGAAAUUUUUUGUA